CCCUUUUUUUCAUAUAAAUUUUUUUAUUUUUCAAAUAAAUUUUUUGAUAUAAAUUGUCCUUGCCAUUGAUUGUUUGCACGUACAUUCGACAACAACAAAUUUAAAAAAAAAACGAUGAACAAAAUCAUUUUUGCCUACAUCUUUUCCUGUAUUUUAUUCAUAGAAAUUUGUUCGGCUAAAUUGCCAACAUUGUAUGAAUAUUAUACAAAUAAUGGAAAUAAAAUUGAUAUCGGACUAGAAGCAAAUGGCCCGGAAUUUACCUUAAAUCAUAAACCAUUUGUUAUCUAUUCCGGUUCUCUUCAUUAUUUUCGUAUCGUACCCGAAUAUUGGCCACAAACAUUACAGAAAUUUAAAGCAGCCGGUUUAAAUACUGUACAAUUUUAUAUACCAUGGAAUCGUCAUGAACCACAACCAGGUCAAUUUGAUUUUGAUUCAUAUGGUUUGAAUUUAACUGAAUUUCUAAAUGAAAUACGUAAAGCUGAUAUGUUUGCUAUUGUACGACCUGGUCCAUAUAUUUGUGCCGAAUGGGAUUUAGGUGGUUUUCCAUCCUGGUUACUCAAAGAUCCUCAUAUGAAACUACGAACACCAUACGAAGGUUAUUUAGAACCAGUACGAAAAUAUUAUCGUAAAAUAUUCGAAAUAAUCAAUCAAUUUCAAUUUACAAAAAAUGGUGGACCUAUUAUUGCACUUCAAGUUGAAAAUGAACUUUUUGGUGAUCUUGAUAAUUGGCAAAAUGUAAAUCAAAGCUUAAAAUAUUUGGACAAACUUCAUCAAAUGAUUGUUGAUGAAAAUCAUUUCAAACAAUUUUUAUUUACAUCGGAUCCAGUUUGGGCAGCUCAAAAAUUACCAGUUCAAUCAUUAAAAUAUCUACUGGAAACAGCAAAUCUUAACGAAAAUGCAUUGGAUGGAUUAACACAGCUAAAAAAUAAACAAAAAAAUCGACCAAUUUUUGUUUCAGAAUUUUGGCCCGGUUGGUUUGAUCAAUGGAAUGAUCCUUCACAUCAUCGUUAUUCAACAUUAUUAUUCGAACAACAAAUAUCGGAAAUUCUUUUCCAGGUAAAUGGUUCGGUAAAUUUUUAUAUGUUUAUUGGUGGUACAAAUUUUGCUUUUUAUAAUGGUGCACGUAUUACAACAUCAUAUGAUUAUGAUGCACCAUUAUCCGAAUCGGGAAAUUAUACGGAAAAAUAUUAUAAAACACGUGAAUUGUAUACAAAAUUAUUGGCAACUGGACGACAACCAGCCAUUGAAAUUCCAUCCAAACCACCAUCAAUUGUAAUGGCAAAAGCUUAUGGUGAUUUAACAAUGAAAGAAUAUCUUAAUUUCGAACAAAUCAUCUCACAAAUGAAACCUAUUGUAAUGAAACAAGCAUUAUUUAUGGAAUUUAUUGAUAAUUCAUCUGGUUUUGGAUUCAUAUUGUAUCGAUUGAAAACUAAACCAAUUCAAACAUUAAAUAUAACUGGAUCAAUCAAAGAUCGAGCCAUAAUAAUGAUUAAUGGUAAAAUCUUAACGAAAAUUGAAGAUGGUGCUAAAAAUUUAAGUAUCCAUUUAAAAAAUCCAUCUGAAUGGUUUGCUAAUUCAGAUGUAGACGAAUAUAAUUUGGAUAUUUUAGUGGAAAAUCUUGGUCGUGCAGAUUAUAACAUUGCUUUAAUGAAUAAGGAACGUAGAGGAAUAAACAGUACAAUUCUUCUUGAUGGCAAUGUUUGCAACGAAAUUCAUACAUAUACUUUUGAUUUUAAUCAAAAUUUUAUGAAAUCUACUGUCCAUUCAAAAUGGAAUCCAAUUACAACGAAUGAUGAUAAUGAUGAAAAAGGUACACGAUUAUAUCGGACACAAUUUCGAAUAGAAUCCAAUCCUACUGAUACAUUUAUGAAAUUACCGCCAACCUGUAUACCUUUACAAAAGUAUUUGUUAAAGUUAUAACCUGCAAAACUACAUCGUGGACCACAGAAAGCAUUAUAUAUUCCUGGUCCAUUAUUGCGGUCGGGUGAAAAUGUAAUCCAUAUUUUUGAAUUGGAUAAACGUGGUUCGAAAAUCCAAUUAAUCGAUCAUCCAAUAUUGGAAUAAGAAAAUUUUUUUUCCUGAGAAAUUCAAUAAAAUUUAUUUUAAAAUAUA